AUUCAAUUAAAACCAUCAAAAAUCAUUACCCAUUUUGAAAAGGCAGCAAUUGAUGCAUUACGUGAAGUAUUUCCUGGUGUUAUUAAUAAAGGCUGCUUUUUUCACUUAGGACAAGAUGGCUGGAGAAAAAUACAAGAUUAUGGUUUAGCAGUUCAAUAUGGUACUAAUGAGAAUAUGAGUCUUAUGUUACGCCACUUAUUUGCCUUAGCAUUCUUGCCAUCAAAUGAAAUUACCAUGGCAUUUGAUACUCUAAAAUCAAGAAUGCCGCCAGAAACAAAUGAUGUUGUACAAUGGUUUGAGGAAAAUUAUAUACAU